CAGGGAGCGCAGCUGUCAGUGAGCCUGCGAGCCUCACGGACAUCGGGACGCGUCCCCGCAGCGCAGAGCCGAAACAGUGAGGGAGUGCGUUUAUAGCAAAUUCAGGUCAGCUUUUUAAGUCAGAAAAGCCGCAGCAAAGAGAAGAUCGGGAAGCAUGAAAAGGAGGGGGAAAGAGACCGCGAUGCGCUCUUGAGCCACACCAUGCGUACUCACUAGCGGCGCUGGUUUUGAGUUAAUCCUGCCGAUUUUGGACGUAAAAAGGCGUAUGUUCAUGGACUUGUGGUAUAUUUUUACUUUGCAAGGGAGAGCCCUUCUUUGUGGUCUCGCAUAAAAUAGGAUCCAAUUCAAGCAGUGACAUCACUACCGCUACUCCAGUCUCCACAACUACUGCUACAAAUACCGUAUAGUACCACCACUACUGCGACCAGUACAAGAAUCACUACUAAAACCAUUGAUUUUAAACAAAAGGCUCGGUAACAGCUGGAAGCUAUCCUGUUGGCAGUAUGAAAAGAUCUGGGAUUUCAGCUUGCUUCUCCCUAAGCCUCCAAAUCAGCAUUGUGUUGGCAGUACUACUCUUCAGAAUUCAAUGUGUGACUUCAGAGAGUGCGGAACAGAGUAAAAAUGAUGACUAUUCUCCAGUUUAUAAUGAAACUAAAUCAUGCACUGGAAGUUACCAUUGCAAUGAAGGAGUGAUUCUGCCAGUCUGGCAGCCUGAAAAUCCAUCAUACGGGGACAAAAUAGCAAGGGCAACAGUCUACUUUGUUGCUUUGGCUUAUAUGUUCCUAGGAGUUUCUAUCAUUGCCGAUCGCUUCAUGGCAUCCAUUGAGGUCAUCACAUCACAAGAGAAAGAAAUAACAAUCAAGAAGCCCAACGGUGAAACCACCACAACCACUGUGCGGAUAUGGAAUGAGACUGUUUCCAACUUGACUCUUAUGGCCCUUGGCUCGUCCGCUCCAGAAAUCCUGCUCUCCGUUGUCGAGGUGUGCGGGCACAACUUCAAUGCGGGCGACCUUGGCCCAAACACCAUCGUGGGCAGUGCCGCAUUUAACAUGUUCGUCAUCAUUGGCCUCUGUGUAUAUGUUGUCCCGGAUGGAGAGCACCGGAAGGUGAAGCAUCUGAGGGUGUUCUUCGUCACUGCAACCUGGAGCAUAUUUGCGUAUACGUGGCUUUACUUGAUCCUGGCUAUUAUCUCUCCGGGUGAGGUGGAGGUAUGGGAAGGGCUGCUGACCCUGUUCUUCUUCCCCCUCUGUGUUGCCUUUGCCUGGAUUGCUGACCGCAGACUUCUAUUCUACAAGUAUGUGUAUAAGCGCUACCGAGCCGGGAAGCAGAGAGGGGUGAUCAUUGAGACAGAAGGAGACCGGCCUCUGCCCUCAAAAGUCGACAUCGAGAUGGACGGCAAGAUGCUUAACUCCAACUCGGUGGACUUUCUGGAUGGAAGCCUUGAUAUGGAGGAUAAAGACUUUGAUGAUGAGGAAGCCAGGAGAGACAUGGCUAAAAUCUUAAAAGAACUUAAGCAGAAGCAUCCUGAUAAAGAAAUGGAGCAGAUCAUUGAAAUGGCUAACUAUCAAGUGCUCAGCCAGCAGCAGAAGAGCCGCGCUUUCUAUCGCUGUCAAGCAACCAGACUGAUGACCGGGGCAGGGAAUAUCUUGAAGAAGCAUGCCGCCGACCAGGCUCGGAAGGCAGUGAGCAUGCACGAGGUGCGCACUGAAGUUGCUGAAAAUGACCCGGUGUCAAAGAUCUUCUUUGAUCCCGGCUCAUACCAGUGUCUGGAGAACUGCGGCACGGUGGCCCUCAACAUCGUCCGACGCGGCGGUGACCUCACAAACACUGUGUCAGUCGGAUUCCGCACUGAGGACGGUACCGCCAACGCCGGCUCCGACUAUGAGUUCACGGAAGGCGUCAUGAUCUUCAAACCCGGUGAGACGCAGAAAGAGAUCCGCAUUGGUAUCAUCGAUGACGACAUCUUUGAAGAGGAUGAGAACUUCCUGAUUCACCUCAGCAAUGUCAAGGUGCUGUCGGUGGGAGCUGGGGAAUCGAACCCUGAGGCCAAUCACGUGGAGACCUUGGCGUGCCUGGGUCUGCCUUCCACCGCAACCGUAACGAUCUUUGACGAUGACCACGCCGGCAUUUUUACUUUUGAGGAGCCCGUGAUGCACAUCAGCGAAAGCGUUGGCAUCAUGGAGGUGAAGGUUCACCGUGCGUCUGGGGCCCGUGGCGUGGUGGUGGUUCCCUACAAGACCAUCGAAGGCACGGCAAAAGGAGGAGGAGAAGAUUUCGAAGACACCCACGGUGUCCUGGAGUUCCAGAAUGAUGAGAUUUUCAAAACUAUAAAGAUCAGAGUAAUUGAUGAUGAGGAGUAUGAAAAAAACAAGAACUUCUUCCUCGAGAUCGGGGAACCUCGCCUGGUGGAGAUGAGUGAGAGGAAAGCCAUACUGCUGAAUGAGCAUGGUGGAUUCGUAAAGACAGGACAACGUCUCUAUGGCCGGGACGUCUACAGGAAAGUGCAGGGUAGAGACAAUCCCAUCCCGUCCACGGUAGUCCACAUCACAGGGGAAGGGGAGAGUGAGGAGAGUCCUACCGGAAAGGAGGAGGAGGAGCGACGGGUGGCCGAGAUGGGCCGACCCGUGCUAGGGGAGCACCCCAAGCUGGAGGUCAUCAUCGAGGAGUCCUAUGAGUUUAAGAACACGGUGGACAAGCUGAUCAAGAAGACGAACCUGGCCCUGUUGGUGGGAACAAACAGCUGGAGGGAUCAAUUCGUUGAAGCCAUCACCGUCAGUGCUGGGGAAGAUGAUGACGACGAAGAAUGUGGCGAGGAGAAGCUGCCCUCCUGCUUUGACUACGUCGCGCACUUCCUGACCGUAUUCUGGAAGGUCCUGUUUGCCUUCGUGCCGCCUACGGACUACUGGAAUGGCUGGGCUUGCUUCGUGGUGUCCAUCCUCAUGAUCGGCCUGCUGACAGCCUUCAUUGGUGACCUGGCCUCACAUUUUGGCUGCACCAUCGGCCUGAAGGACUCCGUCACCGCCGUGGUCUUCGUUGCCCUGGGGACGUCCGUUCCUGACACUUUCGCCAGUAAGGUGGCCGCCAUCCAGGACCAGUAUGCUGAUGCCUCCAUCGGCAAUGUCACCGGCAGCAAUGCGGUAAAUGUGUUCCUGGGCAUCGGUGUGGCCUGGUCCAUUGCCGCCAUCUACCACAACAGCAAGGGCCAAUCCUUCCGCGUGGACCCGGGCACGCUGGCCUUCUCUGUCACCCUCUUCACCAUCUUCGCCUUCAUUUGCGUGGCCGUGCUGCUGUACCGGCGCCGGCCAGAGAUUGGCGGUGAGCUGGGGGGGCCGCGGACUCCCAAGGUGCUCACCACCCUCUUGUUCUUCGGCCUGUGGCUCAUCUACAUCCUCUUCUCCUCCCUGGAGGCUUAUUGCCACGUCAAGGGCUUCUGAAGCAGCCCCUCCCUAGGCUUUAAGGGGGCACGAGGGGUGGGUGGUAAAGUGGGUGGUCGAGCUUCACACCAGUACAUGCAGAAAAGGAAAAGAAACAGCCUUCCUAUCCUUUUAUCCUUCUCUUUGCAACUUUAAAAUCCACUUCAUCUAAGCUGAUGAACAUUUUCAGCCAUAAUUUUCACCUUCUUUUGGCAAGAUUGGGAAUACAUGCAAUUCCUAAUCCUGCAGCUUCACGUCAGAUUAAGGAAUUUUUUAUAUAUUAGUAUUGGAGGGGGACUUUACUUUACUUUACUUUUUGAUAGUAAACUAUGGUUGAUGAGAAACCGUUACUUAACAACAAUGGUACUAUUAGCGUGUGUUUGUGUUGCUUCAAAAUAUCGGAAAAGUUUUCAAAAAUAACAAAACAUGUCAUUUGCUUUGAAUCGUUAAAAAACAGAUGGCAGGCAGCCCCAAACUCAAUACACAAGACGCUGUCACUGGAAAAUGUGAUCAAUAUCUAUUCUGAAACCGGCAAAAUCACUUUUCAUUAUAUUCUUUGCUCAACAUCUUACAAUGUCUUGCUCAGUAUAAUUAACAUGUUCCCUUUGGCGUUCUAAAUCAGAAUAAAAUCUACAUAUUAAACAAGAAAAAACACGAAACAGCAUAAAAUAUAAUACUGUUUUAAAGCUUAUUGUUAAUAAUUUUUACACUAAUUUUGUGCCAAUGGACAAAGAAAACUCUGCAAAGAUGUCACCCGCAUUGUCAUGGUCAGUGUUUAGCAUUUAAGUACUGUAGAAUAUAGGAAAACUGUAUUUUACCAUAUUAUCAACCUUAGGACUGGCUUUCCAGUAGCAUGACAGCUGCCAUGUGGCUGUGUUAUUUAGCAGAAUUGGGAAAGCGCAAUUUGCAGUUACCCAGUGGAAACUGGUCUCUCUGUGGUCAUCUCAUACCCUUUGAAGCCACUUGAUCGUCCCGCUUGAAGCCAGGGGGUUAUUUGCCGUGCAUUCUCUGCCCGCUGGAUUUACGCUGCAAUGUUCAGCAUGAGCUUGUCUAGCUAUCCGGCUUGGCCAUGCCAGUGUGUGAAGUGCAGUGCCAACAAGAGGAAGCUUACUUUUGGCACAUCCUUUGAGUGACUCAGUGCUGGGUAUUACUAUAUUCCAGUGUUUCCCAAUCCGGUCCUCAUGGAACCCCUAACAGUCCACGUUUUUGCUCCUACUGAGAGCUGAGAGGGAGCAACAAUGUGGACCGUCUGGGGGUCCCCUAGGACCGGGUUUGGAAACGCUAUUGAACUUGUUUCUUGCAUCUUGUAACAUGAAGGCCAGUCAUGCAUUGUGUAUAUAUUUAUAUAUGCAAUAUACAAUCUCAUGUAGCCUUGCUGUCCACACUUAUCGUAUGGCGUGACUAUUUGUUUAUGGCAGAAUCUCUGUCUACUACAAAUACAACAGCAGGUUACGACAAGGUAACAUUUCUGGUUGGUUUCUGGUUUGAUUAAAACACUGUCAUAUCAAAGACAACAGCCUGAAGCUGUAACAAAUGUUUGAAACACACUACACAGCAAAGUGAUUUGAUGGCCGCUGUACAUUUACUUGAUGGUUAAACUCUUUUUGACUACUGAGAAGUUGUUAGUAUAGAUUUCUUACUGAUUUCUUUUCCAUUUUAUAUUAAAAUUCCAUUUAGAAAUAUGUAAAAUAUAUUCUUCACAUUUCUUGUCAACCUGGCUUAAGAAUACGUAUACUGAAGUUUUUUUUUUUUUUAUGUCAUUGUAACUUUAAUUUUACAUCUAAACUUCUGCCAAGAGGAUAAUGGAAUAGAGUAAAAAUAAGUGGCCUAAAUAUUUUGCCAAAGGGUAUAUUUAUAGUGGAAAAGGACACCGAACCAGAGCAGCCAAUUGUUUUUUUUUUAACCUAUUGAAGUUUAUUAAUAAAAGCAGUGAGUGUUUCACUGUCAUUUACUUAAAAAUCCUUGAUUCUUGUGCAACUCUCUCGAUCUUUUUACUGGAAAGAGAGUUUAUGGUUUCUGUAGCUUAACUAGGCAGGUCAAUAAGCAUGGCCGCCGUAGUUCAUCCAGCUGAGUUUGUUUUGUAUCGUGUUUCUUUCCGCUUCGUCUCAGUGUAUCUAACGCAUACAGUUGCUUCGCUGAGGUCGAUAACUGAGCCAGCUUUUCUGGCCCAAACUAAAGGGAAACACUGCACUGGUGACUGAUCUGAGAGCAAUGAGGGAGGACUAUGCAUGCUGCAGUCUUCCCCAUGGCUCUGUUAAAGACUGAGGCUCGACCCUUUGAAAUCAGGGCGGAGGGGCCUAACGGCAACGAGCGUGUGAAAUGACAGCCUUACGGCCCACAUCCAUCACCAUGAAGGAAUCCCCCCAGCCCCCCGGCUUUGCAGCCCCUUCUCCCUCGUCGACCAGGCUAUGCCCAUUUUUGGGAAUGUUAAUGUGGUUUGUGUAAACACUGUGCAUGAAUGAAAACACGCCUGUAUAUAGACAGCAGUAUCCACUUGUCACUGUCCAAUGACACUCAGCUCUGUAGAUGUGCCAUAGAUUAUAUGAGUGUUUUUAUACCCUGAAGCGUUAUAUCUGAAAGUGCUCUUUUCAUGUCGACUUACACAUUUAAAGUUUUAAAAAGGCAAUAUCUGGUGGUCUUGUAUUAGAAGGAAACAUACCGGAACGGUUAGAGUUCGGCUGGUGUUUAGAAUAAAAUAAUACUUUGCUUGCAGACUUAAUUUUAUAUCAGAGUCAGAGGGAGCCAUAUAUAUCGAUUGGUACUGACGUCAUUUACAAACACAACUUGUAUAUAGUGUACAGUGCUGUCAGAUUGCAAUAUUAGCCUCCACUAUAUAAAUGUAGAUUUCUGCAUAUUUAUUUCAGAACCCUUGUCAAUACAAGAUAAACAAGUAUUGCCCUUUUUCUUCGAAAAGUCCUGCCCGAGAUGCUUUCUCCUUUUGCGUGUGUGUUUUAUAGUAAUACGUCUUUUCACUCUUGCUGACUUGCCACUGUAGGUGCAGGAUAGCUGUACGUGUAAGAGUAUGACCUGAUGUUUAAGUAGAACAGAAGCAGCCAGCCUGCGUGCCCAGCUCCUGGUAUGGGGUUGUGAUUGUUUGUGACACAAUUUUACUGCUGUUGGGGCCGAAACUGAUGUUACAAUAUUAAUUAACACAUGUUAGGCAGCAAUGACCCCAACAGAGUCCUACUGAAGCUAUAUGACUACUGUAACUGUAACGUAACCUAUUUGCAGUUGUUCUUCGUUGAUAUCAGCCACACCUAAAUGAUGAACCCCGCACAGUGCUACACUGCAGUGUUGACAAAGAUGACCUCUUCCUGGUGUGGGUUAACGUGCAUUCUGACGGACGGAACGAGAAGCGGGGACAAGCAAAAAUUUAUUUAUAAAUAACACUGCAUCCUGCUGCUCAGACCGACUCCUGUUGUUCAGGGUGUUUUGGUUUUUCUACUUUUUGGGGUUGGAUGGGAAGGUCUGUUUCCAGACUGAGUGCUCUGUGUUAUCCUGCAUUGUUCUUUUAAGUUGUUUAUUUUGUUUUGUUUUAAUUUUUUGUCAUUGUGUUGCACACAAACUGUGAUUGCUAUACAUGGUACACUUGACACUGAAAUAAAGUUUGGGAUACCCUAUUGCAAAAAAAAAAUACAGAAGUACAAAAAAAUGCCUUUGGGAGGUCUCUUUCAAUAAGCAGGGAAGCAGGCCAAAGAGAAACAAACUGCGAAUCAGGCAAGAGAUAAUAUUGCUCAAAUCAUUUUACAGGAAAUUGGAGAAGCCUAUCCUUAGCACCAGGUGAAUACAGCUCUCUGUAAAUGGACAGUUCUGUUUCAUUAGUAUACAUCCAUUUAUCCCAUAAUACUCAUUUGGCUUUGACCUUUUAUGCUAAUGAGCUACAAUACAUGCUCUUUUGCCUGCAAUAGCAGUACAACAGUAAAAUUGCUGCCCCCCUGCCAAAUAUAGUAAGCACCGCACCACCUGUUGGCACAAAUGGAGAAUUACAUAGAAGUAGCUGUUUUCUUAUUACUAGCUUGAUAUGUUGCUGUUUAUAUGCAAUAAUAACUAGGUACACGUUAAGCACACGCUCCAUACAUCGACAGCAGUAUUUCAUCAGCAAUUCAACACUGUUUAAUAAUUACCAUAAAAUGUAAAUGAAAUAUGCAGCAAUCUGGCAAGCAAGUCUGAAGCCAAACAAAUGAUAGCCAAGCACAUUUCUGAAUUGUUAAUGAGCUAGGCAAUUAAAUCCAGCAUUAGCAUGGUUCAAACGGCUGGAAGCGAGUGGGUAAUAAUUAUGCUGACAGUUCAGAGUGGCUUUGCUAUGGGGGUUUGGUUUGCUCAGUGGGUAACACUGAGCUCUCACACCUCCAGGAAUGGGCGUUUGAAUCCCACUGUGUGUGUGUAUUUGCAUGUUCUCCUGUGCUUGUGUCUCCAAAAACAUGGUGCUAAUUUAAUCAUCUGUGCAUCUUCUCACCUCUUAUGUUUCCCAAAAAAAUAGUUGCUAACACUGUUACAGCUGGAGAGCGAGUCAGGAUAGGGCACAAGGCUGGAAUACACCCUGGCCAGGACACUGGUUAAAUCAGUGACCCUAAACCAGUGUUUCUCAAUCUGGUUCUCGGAGACCCCAGGCGGUCCAUGUUUUUGCCUUGUCAGACAGUCCCCAUCCCUUGAUCAUUUCUGUGGAUGAAUAUAACCAAAGAUAAAUUGUACCUUUAAAUGCAAAAGAGAUUAUGUGGAAAUGAGUAGAAAUGUCCCAAAAAUUCCAAUUUAAAAUGCUGGUCACAGUUAUUUUAUUCAUUCAUAUCCAGUACCUUUAAGUCUUAUCAGUACAUUUAAAAAAUAAAUAAAUACUAGACUUUUAUUUAAUUCUGUGUUGUAAUUACAAAAUGGUACUCAUGUUUCCCAGAUGCAGCUAAUUCAUGAUUAAUAGCUGACAUAAAUUAGCAAAACAAAUUUUUAAUGCCAAGCUAUGAAUAAACCAUAGCUAGAAAUAUAAAUAAUCCUUUAAUUAGAAGCUCAUGUAUGCACAAUAAGAAUUUUGCUGAUCGUGUCCCUGCUUGAUAUGAAAAAAGAGCAAUUUUUCUUUAAUGCAAAGUUAAAACCUCUAUAAGUAAACCCAUAAAAUUUUAAUCCCUGACUGUAAUGUUGUGCAGAUUAUUGCAGUGCUUCGAAACAUGUAUAAUUGAUGUGCUUUCCGUUAUUGUGUCGCAUGUUCCAGGGGAGAAUUGACCUGUCUCCUCUAGGAAAUUCAAUUUGCUGCAAUGGUGAAACCUGUCGGGAAUUAAAUUAAUAUUUUUUCUGGAUUUCAA